AUGGCAACACAUCCUUCACCAGCAGAAUUCGCGCGUGAAAAACACGUGUCAUACUUAAAAACAUGUUUAGAGAUAUUACCGCAUGAAUACGAGUCUUCUGAUACGAACAGAAUGACAUUCGCGUAUUUUUGUUUAUCGGGCUUGGAACUUUUAGACGUCCUAGAUUCUACGCUGACCCCUGAAAGAAGGCGUGUGUGGAUAGAUUGGAUAUAUGCACAACAGAUAUUGCCGAAUUUGGAUAAGCCAGCAGAGAAUGAGCAACUUUGUGGCUUUAGAGGCUCGCCGUUUUCCGGAUCCAAGUUUGAUGUUAAUGGGGUAAGGGAUGCUCAAUUACCCGUUGAUGCGGCUAACCUUGCAAUGACCUACACUGCGUUAUGUUGCCUAUUAUUACUGAAGGAUGAUUUAUCUCGUGUGAAUCGACCAGCAAUUAUCAACGCAUUACAAUAUUUGCAGAAUGAGGAUGGCAGUUUCUCGCAAACUUAUCAGAGCAUGGAAUCCGAUAUACGAUUUGUGUAUUGUGCGUGUGCCAUCUCGUACAUCUUAAAUGAUUUCAGUGGAUUCAAUGUGGCAAAGGUUUUGGACUAUAUUAAAAAAAGUCAGACAUAUGAUUACGGAAUAGCUCAAUCGCCAGAUCAAGAAUCACAUGGUGGCUCCACAUAUUGUGCAAUCAGUGCCCUUCGUAUUCUCAAUCGUAUUGACGAAGGAUUAUUGUCAAAAGACAAAACAAUUUUCUGGUGUCUUUCUAGACAAAUAUCCGGAUUUCAAGGGAGACCAAACAAACCUCCAGACACGUGUUAUUCAUUCUGGAUUGGGGGUGCUCUUAAGUUAUUGGGUGCAUUUGAUUUGAUUGAUUUCGAUUCAAAUCGUACAUUCUUGUUGACCACACAGUCAAGACAUGGGGGAUUCUCAAAGUGGCCUCCAGAAUUAAACAGAUUUGCUGAAUGGAUAAAGUAUCCUUCAGAUCUAUUGCAUACUUAUAUGGGUAUAGCGGCACUUUCACUAAUGAGAGAACCAGGAUUGGUGGAUUUAGAUCCGGCGAUUAAUAUUUCAAAACGAACAAUUGAUCGAUUGAUAAAUGAAAGUGUCUUUUGGAGAGAAUGA